AUGCCUUUACCGUCAACACUUCCACCGUCUUUAUCAGAAUCUAGUGAAUAUCGUCGGACUCCGCCACUAGUGCCACCGGAACCGAAGCCAUCACCACCGUUAUCACCAACAUCAAAAGAAGAGCCUCAUUCACAGCCUGUGCCACCACCCAUGUCGAAACCGCCUCUGUCGCCGCCCAAAUCAGAUGAAUCUCAGGCGCCACCUCUAACAUCUCCACCACUAACACCAGAAGAAAAACAGCAACCGUCCCCUCCUUCAGCUCUAAACGCUACUGAAGAAAUUCAGUCCCAACCUUCUCCACCGCUUACACAGUCUAAAUCCAUUGAUGAAACUCGGUUACACUCACCGCCUCCAUCGUCAUCGUCAGAAUCUGGUGAAUCUCAGCUGCUUUUACCACCACCAGAAGUCAAAACUCCACCGUCAACGCUAAAACCUUAUGAAGAAUUCCAAUCCCAACAGUCUCCACCACUUCCACCGUCUAAAUCCAUUGAUGAAACUCCGUUCCAAUCACCGUCUCCGCCGAAAGCGUCGCCACAGUCAUUUUCAGAAUCUGGUGAAUCUCAGCCGCUUUUACCACCACCAGAAUCUAAAAUUCCACGAUCUCCGCCGUCAACUCUAAACCCUACUAAAGAAUCCAAUCCACAAUCGCCUACACUGUCUAAAUCUAUUGAAGAAACACGAUCAUUGUAUCCGUCGCAAACAUCACCACCGUCAUUGUCAGAAUCCGGUGAAUCUCAGCUGCCUUUACCUCCACCAAAAACCAAAUUUCCACCAUCUUCGCCUUUAACGCUAAAGGCUACGGAAGAAUCACAGUCCCAAUCGCCUCCACCGCUUGUGAAGUAUACCUCCAUUGAUCAAACUCGGUUAGCAUCGCCAGUGCCAUUGUCAAAAUCGGUUGAAUCUAAACCGCUCUUACCACCAACAGAAGCUAAAACGCCGCCGUCAAAGCUAAAAGCUAGUGAAGAAUCCCAGUCCCAACCGCUUCCACCGUUUAAAUUUGUUGAGGAAAUUCGGUCCCAAUCACCUCCUCCCUCGCCGCCGACUCCGCCAACACCACCAUCAAAAUCAAUUGACGAACCUAAAUCAACACCACCAUUCCCAGAAUCUGGUCAACAAUCCAGAUCUAAGACAAACUUAUCACCACCAACAUCAUCAUCAUCAUCGCCGAAAGCUACGGAAAUUUUCAAAUCUCAAUCGCCUAUGACACUACCAUCUCCGACGGCGCUGAUAUCACCAUCGGCGUCUCUGAUCACCGCACCGCCGCCGUCUACUCCAAAAUCACCACCGUCGAUUCCAUCCCCACUCAUAUCCCAAAUCAUCCCCUCACCUAAACCGUCGUUACCCCAAAUUAAACCUAACCCAAUCGAAUCUCAUUCUCCGAAACCCACAAACACCGAAUCUCACACUUCACAGAAUCAUAACAAGGAGAUAAAUGGUAAUCCAGAAAAACAAGACCCCAAGCUCAUGAAGAUUCCGGCUGAAGAUCCGAAGACAGAGAUUACCAGGAAAGUCAUCGAAAACAGGGAAAUUUGGCCAGGGAAAACAAAUCCGGCGCCGAUGAUGAUGAUGAUGUUCGUUAACAGUAACGUCCAAGGGAUCAAUAUGUCUCUCUCCCUCGAUUCAUCUUCCAUCGAUCAUGAGCCAGGCGUCCAUUUGACGGUCGAUUAUGAUCAAAGUUGUGAUUUUUCUUCGACGACACCGUUUUAA